AUGGAGAGAUACACUUUUGCACGACGUGCGCUCAGCGCGAUGCCUCCUACACCCGACGAUGUUGUCUUUCUCGCAGCGGUCUUUAUUGCAUUUGGUUCCGGAGCCUUACUUCUUGACUGGAUUCGCCGUGUUCGUGACGUUGGAUUGCAGAAGCAGUGGCACGAUGCGCAGUCGAGGACCUUGCAGGAAGGGUUCGCUACUUUCGAACAGUUACCGCAGCAGUUGAACGCCAUCAACGCCAGUAUCGGCGAGCUUCGCGAGAAGGCAGAUGGAGCUACCGAUCGAUUCAAUACUAUAAGCGAUCGUAUUAACGAUCUCAGCCGAAAUAUUGGUGCUGGUACUCACGAUGCCCAAGGGCCCUCGACAGUGCAGCCAGCAACGGCUGUAAGCUCGGCGGAUGCGAACGAGAGUCUUGUGGCAAUCAAAUCGCACAUCAAGAAUUUGGAGAGCAAGAUGAGCGAGAUGUCCGAACAAAAAGACGAGUUAGAGCAGGCCAAUGUCGGCUUGAAGGAAGAUCUUGAGCGCGCCACCAAGUUCGAUGGAGAGGAGCAGAGUGCCGAGUACAAGAGACUGCUCAAGCUGAACGAAGAACUUCAAACUCAGGUCGCCCAAAUUGAACAUUCCCGAACGAUUCUUGAGCAGGAAAAGGGUCGCUCGGCUGCCCAUAGCGACCUCGAGAUGAAGCAACAGGAGAAAGUGAUAAAAGAUUACGAGAACGAGAUCGAGGGACUAGACGAAAGACUGGCAUUGGCUCAAAAAGAUCAGACUACGGCGAGAGAGGAGACGAAGCAAAUGUCGUCUGAACUCGAAGGAUUAGAGAGUAAGCUAUCAACGGCGCAGAGCCAUCAGGAUGAGAUGAGAAAAGAGAACGUCCGUCUGUCUUCGGUGGUCAGUGAAUUAGAGACGAGCCUGUCCUCAGCUCGAAGUAAUCAGCAAAGGAUGACACAAGAGAUCGAAAACCAUGUGGCUGUGGUUAAAAGACUACGAGAUGAUCUGUCAUCAGCUGAGAAUGAACGGGACCAGCAAAGGGAAGCAAACGAGAAGCUCGCUGGGCUUCAUGAAGGCACGAGACAGUCAGAAGCGGAUCAGAGCAAGAUCGUAGAUGAUCUCAAAGAAAAGCUACAGGCAGAGAAUCUCAAGAGCGCUGACUUAAAAGUCAGAAACAAUGUACUCACCAAAGACAUCGGAAAGAACGAGGCCCAAAUCGAAAUGAUGAAAGCAGAUGAAGUGCAGAACAAGCAGCAGCUGGACCAUCUUACGAGCCAAGUCAAGUCGUUGGAGAGGCAAAAGAUGGAUCUAGAAGCGACGUUGGAAGAGCGCAGUCAGGCAAAGGAAAGUGAAGAUCAAGCCGAGGAGCACAGCGAAGGACUACAGGACAACACGUCUAGUGACGCUUCAGAGCAGAUAGACGAGUCGCAGGCAGAUAUCACGAAGUCAACGACCUCACCUCAGCAAUCAAACACAUCCGGAACUGCACCUGAUGAUAGCUGGGUAGAGGUGGCCGGUCAAACCCCCACAGCCCCAGACGGGAGACCGACGACCGAUGACGAAAGCGCAGAAGUUGAUGAAGCCUUGAGUCCUGUAGUGAAUCUACCCAUGACACCAGCCGCCGAGGUCAGUGGAAGACCAGCCACAAGAAAAAGCUGGGCAGAUGACGAUGAACAAGAGUUCGAUCCAGAGAUCCAGAGCUUUGCUGCUAGAACUGCAAGCUUUCCAAGUGCGCUCCCAUCGACCAACUCUCCAGUGCAAGAGAGCCCUGACUCUCCUGCCGCCAAACCACAGCCUACUAUCGAUACUAGUGAGUAG